CCCGAUGCGCUGUCUGGAUUAACUGCGCUGGAGGAGCGAUCACCCCGGACCGCUGCUAAUAAACUGUCUGUGGUCGGAGAAGCCCUUACCCGAACUUUACUCGAACAUCCCCUGGUACCGAGCUUGUCAACGGACUAGUCUUGCAUAUGUUUUAGUCAUUUUUCUACCUAAAUUGGAGACGCUCAGUGUCGAAUUGACUGAGAGACUCGCUGAUCGCAGGAAACAGAGAGGUUUUACGACUGGAAAGUGAAUUAAAAUGUGUUGUUGAAAAGGUUGGGAAUUUCAGAGACUUCAGUCUACCACGGGAGGUAUUGUUUUAUUAAUUUAAUUAGCUGAGGCGAUUCGGGGAUGUGUCUUACUCGGAGUAUGUUCGUCUUGUAAAGGAAUUCUUCGCGUCACCUGCGCGAGGACAGCGGCUGGUGGGAAAAAGGGAAAUACUGGCGGGACGCAGCGGAAGUAAGGAAGAGAAAAGAAGGGUGACGCUCGAAGCGGAGCAGGCUUCCUAUCUCUUUCUCUCGGAUGGGAUUCUUCUCUCAGCAAGCGGAUGGAGGGAUGAAACACGGAGAUAAAGAAGUCGAGAGAAAUCAAGAGAGAAUAGGGCGAGGAGGAGGAUGCCGUCGGGCGCUUUGAGAAUGCAGAACGGACGCACCCCUCUGGAAGAAAGGUUUAAAGUGUAAACCUUUACGGAAUUAACAUCCAUCUUGAGGGAUAUUACACAUAUUCACCCAUGCACAAAUAUUCAUGGCGUAUUUUGCCUUCCAUUUGGAACCUAUUGUGGAGUUACGACCGUAACUGAAUGCUAACGAUGGGAUUUGGAGAGAUAAUUACACCCUUGCACUCUGUGAUCGAAGAAAGCCAACACAGGCUGUAAGCUUCGGAAAGAGUGGAAAAAAAACGGAAGAGUUUGACCAGUACCCUCAUCAAUACCAAUCUACGGUAACAUGUGAAUCCUGAAGUAGGUUGACAUCAGCUUUCACAUCUCUCAAGGUGUCCAGUUCAGGUGGGGUGGUGACCAUGGAGAGGCUGUUGCUGUGUGUGAUGAUGGCAGUUGCCAUGGCAGUACGGGCACAGAUUUGCCCCAAGCGCUGCGUGUGUCAGAUCCUGUCACCCAAUCUGGCAACACUCUGUGCCAAGAAAGGUCUACUUUUUGUUCCACCAAACAUCGAUAGGCAUACUGUGGAACUGAGACUGGCUGACAACUUUGUGACCAGUGUGAAGAGGAAAGACUUUGCAAACAUGACACGACUGGUGGACCUAACGUUAUCCAGAAAUACUAUCUCUUACAUCACACCUCAUGCCUUCGCUGAUCUCGAGAACCUCAGAGCCCUGCAUCUCAACAGUAAUCGUCUGACGAGGAUCGGUAAUGACACCUUCAGUGGGAUGUCUAAGCUUCACCACUUGAUUCUGAACAACAACCAGCUGGUGCUGAUCCACCAGGGAGCUUUCAAUGACCUGCUGGCACUUGAAGAAUUGGAUCUGAGUUAUAAUAACCUGGACUCCAUUCCAUGGGAGGCCAUCCAGAAAAUGAUAAGCCUCCAUACUAUGAGUUUGGACCACAACAUGUUGGACUUUAUUCCAGAGGGGACAUUUUCUUUGCUCCAGAAACUCAACCGCCUUGAUGUCACUUCAAAUAAACUCCAAAAGCUCCCACCGGACCCUCUUUUUCAGCGAGCACAGGUUCUGGCCACGUCUGGGGUCCUGUCCUCCUCAACCUUUGCACUGUCAUUCGGUGGAAACCCUCUGCAUUGUAACUGUGAGCUACUUUGGCUGAGAAGGCUUAACCGAGAGGAUGACUUGGAGACGUGUGCUUCACCCCAGCACCUCUCUGGACGAUAUUUUUGGUCCGUUCCGGAGGAGGAGUUCCUGUGUGAACCCCCACUUAUAACCAGAUACUCCCAUGAGAUGAGGGUCCUUGAAGGACAGAGAGUUUCACUUAGGUGUAAGGCACGAGGUGACCCAGAACCAGUCAUCCACUGGAUAUCUCCUGAUGGCAAACUGGUUUCCAACUCAUCCAGGACACUGGUCUAUGCCAAUGGAAGUUUGGACAUCAUUAUUAGUACUGUGAAAGACACGGGCUCCUUCACCUGCAUCUCCUCCAACCCUGCUGGCGAAGCCCACCAAACUGUAGACUUGGUUAUUAUAAAACUCCCGCACAUCUCCAACAACACCAACAACAUCCAGGAACCUGACCCGGGAUCAUCUGACAUUUCCACAUCUACCCGAAGUGGAAGCAACGGAAACAACGUAACUGGCGAUGUGAAGGGUGCCGCUGAAAAGAGGGUGGUAACCGCUGAGGCUACGUCGUCGACAGCGUUGAUCAAAUUCAACUUCCAGAGGAAUAUUCCAGGCAUUCGGAUGUUCCAGAUACAGUACAACGGGAGCCAAGAUGACUCACUGGUGUACCGAAUGAUCCCUCCAUCAAGCCAGAGCUUCCUGGUCAACAACCUCGCAGCAGGAAGCCAGUACAACCUGUGUGUGCUUGCUAUCUACGACGACAUCAUCACCUCACUGACAGCAACCCGUGUGGUCGGCUGCGUGCAGUUCACCACAGAGUCAGAGUAUAUGAGGUGCCAUUUUAUGCAGUCCCAGUUCCUCGGUGGAACUAUGAUCAUCAUCAUCGGAGGGAUUAUUGUGGCUUCUGUGCUCGUUUUCAUCAUCAUCUUGAUGAUACGGUAUAAGGUGUGUAACCCAGGAGAGGGCGUUAAAGGCAUGUCAAUGUCGAUGACCAAUGUUCACUCUCAGACCAACAGGCAGCAGUCGCAGAGAUGUAGUGUGACUCCCAGCACCUCCAAGCAUGGCUCAGUUGGAUUAGAAGACUUCUCAGGAGGCUCAAAGAAGAGGAGCAGAGGGGUGGAGGGAAAAGAUGUGACAACUCUUUCAUCCAACUCUUCUCUGCCAGACUGCUCCACAGCUAUGUCUGUUCUCAGCCAGCAAUGGACACCAGCUGCUGCUGAGGAGCAGGAGAAGCUGUGUGAGGAGAGAGCUCGCUCCGGUGUCUCCUCGCCCACCGCCACCAGCUCGCUAAGCAGGCCUAAGCGGAAGCCUGCCCCAAGUAAACCAGGCUCAACUUGCUCAAACACGUCAGCCGCCCUGGAAAAUCUCCCCAGCUCGUCCCCUCGCUGUCAUUCCUCUUCUUCCACCACUUCGUCCACGCUCCCCCCUCCUUGCACGCCUCUUGAUACCCUCAAUACCAACCGCAACAACUCCACCUCGCUGAGCCAAGCUCCGCCUCCUCCUAUUGCCACCCCAAGCUCGCUCUCCUCCGUUCGCUAUCGAGAAACCCCCAUCCUGCGCCGGGCUCCGCGCACCCAUGCAUCCUCCUCCAAGUACCAGACUCUCCCUGUGGAGGAGGGAGGGAGAAGCAGGGCAAGGAGGAGGUACUCCCUCAGCGAAGGAGGAUCAAAGACACUGUCAUCCCAUCAAGGGAGUUCCGGAGCACCCAGAUUAGGACGUAUAGUGCGGGACCAAAGGAGUCAAUCAAUGAGUGGGAUGCUCCUCUCCAAAGAAGGGAAUGGAGACUCCAAUAGCGGGCGCUGCGAUUCUGACUGGAUUUUGGAAAGCACGGUUUAAACUGAAACCAUACAAACAAAAUACACUUUUAUCUAUUGUUUUUAUUUGGGAUCAUUUGGGGUAUGUUUGGUUGUCUGUGACUUGAAAUGGUGUGUGUGCUGUUUUUAUUGCAUAUUUGUGUGUGCUGCUUUGUUUGUACGCGUGAACAAGGAUGAGCGCGCGUUCCUGGCUGGCAGAGUGAGCAGGCGUCUUGUUUUUCAAGCAUUUAUUUUUUUUUUAUGUCAUGUUUCACAUUAUUUCCAAGACAGCUUUUGUUUCCACUUUGACAGUUGCUUAUCUGUUUUCAAAGUCAAUCAUUGAGCAAGCGGAUAUCUUGCCUUGUCUUGUUGCGUCCUCGACGUGUCUUGUUGGUUCCACUUUAUAGCACAAAAGAAAGCAAGACAAUGGGCUCGUCACAUCAUUUCCCAAAUCGUACUCACUCUGUCUGCAAAUAACACAAAAAAGGAAAUUCUUGCUGGAAAAAAAAAAGAGAAUGAAAAAAAAAAAAACAAUCCAAGAACUACAC